UUUACUCAGCGCUGUUUGCCAAGCACAGUUUCAGAGCUCCGCUGGCUCUGGCGCGGCGGGGUCUCCUCUGAUACCCUAACACUUCACCAGCCCCUGACAAGACAGACAGAACACUAGUAAGAGAGAGAGAGAGAGACAGACACCUGUCUAAGGUUUAAAACCGAGCCAGAUGCGAAAGGUAAGGUGUGUGUGUGCGUUUGCGUUUGCGCCUCCCUGAUGGCAGCCAUGGGUCUCAAGUUACUCAGGAGGCAUAAGAUUACUGAAAGAGAGAGAGCUUUAUCAGAGCACAAGUGUGUGCGGGAAUCUGAUUGUAACGGUGGGCUGAGAAGGAGAGCGAGACAGAGGUAAAGAACAAAUUUAGAGAGAGACAGACAGAGACAAAGAGACGGAUAGGGAGAGAUGGUGGAGGACCAAUUAACCUGGAACUGAGUGCUCAGAGAAGGACUGUCCUGUCCCAGAGGUUCUCCCUGAUCAGGUGACAGUAUCUUGGGAUUCGGCUCUCUGCUGCAGAACAAGCCAGGGUAAGCCUUAAUCUUCCACUGAGCUCUUUGCACUUUGCAGAGGACAGUGGGCUGGCUGGCCUGUGCUUUUGGCUGUCCAUCAGCCAUUUCAUCCUGGGUUAGGAGCUUGAUCUGAACCUCAGGGAGGGGAGGGAGGCCAUGGAGGUUCCUCUAGUCAACUUCGAGAAUCUGGACGACAUCGGAAUCAACCUGGGAGACCCGAGCGAUUCAGGAUAUCCAACUUCACCCACCUCAGACGCCCCAGAACCACACUCACCUCAAAGAAGAAGGCAGUCCAGACACACACCAACCUCUCCACCAACCCUGAGCAAGAAAGGAACGUCAAGCUGCAACAGUCUGAUUUCCAACUGGAAGGUCCUGAUGAGCAGCGAAGGCACUCCCAACGAGGCUCUUUUGGGAAAAAUGGCCAAGGAUUAUUGUGAGGACUAUUUUGGGGAAAAGGAAAAACUUGAGGAGGGCGAACAAAAAGUGGUCAUCAAUGUCUCAGGGAUGAUGUACGAGACAACACUCAAAACCCUGAACCAGUUUCCAGACACCUUACUUGGGGACCCCAUGAGGCGGAUUGAUUAUUUCGACCCCAUGAAGAAUGAAUAUUUCUUUGAUCGUAACCGCCCCAGCUUUGAUGGAAUCCUCUAUUUCUAUCAGUCCGGGGGUAAGAUUCGGAGGCCAGCAAAUGUGCCAUUGGAUGUUUUUGCAGACGAGAUUGUGUUCUAUCGACUGGGGCAUGAGGUGAUGGAACAGUUCAGGGAGGAUGAAGGCUUUAUCAAAGACCCUGAGCCUGAACUCCCAACCAGUGAGCUUCACCGCCAAUUCUGGCUCCUCUUUGAGUACCCAGAGAGCUCCAGUGCUGCCAGGUCAGUGGCCUUAGUGUCUGUUUUUGUCAUCACUAUAUCUAUUUGUAUCUUCUGCCUGGAAACACUCCCGGAAUUCCGUGAUGACCACGAGUUUCAGCCUGCGAUUUUCAACUUAACCCGUGAUGCCAAUGGUACGCUCCUGUCCCCUACUCCUCCUCCUAAGACCCAUGUUUCAGUCUUUACUGACCCCUUUUUUGUGGUGGAGACUAUCUGUAUCAUCUGGUUCUGUUUUGAGCUUGGAGUACGCUUUGUGGUGUGCCCAAGCAAAAGUGAGUUUUUUAGCAAUAUCAUGAAUGUCAUUGACAUUGUUUCCAUUAUGCCCUACUUUAUUACUGUCAUAACAGAACUGAUGGCCUCCCACGGAGAGGAUCCUACCGCCAACCAGAAUAUGUCUCUGGCCACGCUACGCGUUAUCAGACUAGUGCGAGUUUUCAGGAUUUUUAAGCUGUCACGCCAUUCCAAGGGACUCCAGAUUCUGGGCCAAACCCUAAAGGCCAGCCUGAGGGAGCUAGGCUUGCUGAUGUUCUUCCUCUUUAUUGGCGUCAUCCUCUUCUCCAGUGCCGUUUACUUUGCUGAGGUUGACGAACCUUCUACUCAGUUUGUGAGCAUCCCGGAGGGAUUCUGGUGGGCUGUGGUCACCAUGACGACAGUUGGCUACGGUGAUAUGUGCCCAACCACAUUGGGCGGUAAGAUGGUUGGGAUACUCUGUGCCAUCGCUGGCGUGCUGACCAUUGCACUUCCUGUUCCCGUCAUCGUCUCCAACUUCAAUUACUUCUACCAUCGCGAAACGGAGCAGGCAGAGAAACUUAUAAUGGAUGCUGCUGCUGAGGCUGCAGCAAACCAGAAAAGCAGUUUGGAGGAAAAGUAUGAAAGCAAUUACUCACUGGACAAGAGCAAUGGGAACUGGCAGACAGGAAAAAAUGGCAUUCCAUAACAUGCAAUGCACUUACAAGCUCUGUUUCCUUGUGUACAAUUUGACAAUAGCUUAGAUUUCUACAAAUAUAUCUAAUGCUAUGCAUAUACCAACAGCACUUUGCAGAAAGUGCUGUUUUGGUGGGAAACCUCAAACUGAGAGCUGUUUUAGCCAAAGGCUGCUAAAAUCAUCUAUAAACCUCAGAAGCACUACCUACUAAAUGGAACCAAAAAAUUACUCAAGAGCAUCCCUUUAAGGCUUUACAGUAAUAGAAACUGAAAUAUAUUGAACUGAGAAAAAAAGAGUAUGAGUCACAGAAAAAAAAUUCUCGUCAUCAUUUGUGAGGUAAAUGGCUGCAUUUGACUGAGGUCAAAACAAGCAUUUAAUUAAUCGCGAUUAAGUGCCUGUGUUGCCGAGUCCCUCAAAUUAAUGCAGAGGAAUCAUGAAUCUGCACUCUGAGCAUCCACCCAGCACCACCUUUUGCUGAUGUUGUUGUUCCUUUAGAGUUCUGCACUGACAUCACCUUUUGUUCCUGCUGCUUGUGAAAGAAAAAGCUUAUGCCAAACUGUUAUCCAUCUUUCAAUGUCACCAAGUAUCUCCUUUAACAGCCUGGUAGUUUUCACACAUCAUCAGGCCUGUUUGGAAUUUAAAUACAGUGUCCUACACAUGCAAGUAUAUUUCGAUGACCCACAGUGCUGUGGCAGCAUCUGCUUGCUGUCCCAGAUUUCCACUGGUGUUUCUAUUCUUAUCAACAUACACAUAGAACGAGAAAGCAUAUACUACAAUUAUAUUUAUAGAGAUUUUUACCAUGCUUGCAAGGCAGCACUGUAUUGAUGUUUCUCAAACAUUCUGGUUAGGGUUUUUACUAAUCCCCUAACCCUAAGUAUCAAACUUUGCAAUUAAUUCAGCUCAAACUGCUCAAUAUACCGACUCUAUUCAAACUUUAUGUAGACAAUUACAGCCUUAGCUGUGCUAUUUUGUUUUGGUAAACUUUAUACUUUUUAAGAAGUGUAAGAUUAAAGAUUAAAGUUGACUUACAUUGAUAGAAUGUUCAGCAUUCAAAAUGUAGUGAUGAUGUCAUCAUAAUUAUUGUCUUCCUUGCAUAUAUUUAACCAUUUAUAGCCAUCUUUACACUGCAAAAUGAUUUUUGUGUGCAGCCAUCUGAAAACAAGACGUGUGUCAUGUCCACUUUAAAGUGACUCUGAUGCUUCAUUUCAUUUACAUGGAAACCAGUCCUAAAACUAAGCUUACCAAAAACUAUAACAAAAUGUAUGUGCUGCCUUGCAAGCACUGAUAUUUCUUUCUGGAAAUGCAAACCUUGUUUUCUUCCAAGUCUUUGUAGGUUGAGUGAGCAGAGCAGUUUUUUACACCAUGCCUUUGCUUGGCAUCUCAAAAGUCACAGUUUUCUCAUCCAACAUUCUAUCCAGUCUCUUGUUAGUCCAGCUGUGCAGUGUAAUCAAACAUGUAUAAAAGCACUCUGGAGACAUACAUAAUAUUAUGAUUAUGACAAAUUAAAGAUAUAGAUUGCAGUCAGUAGUGUGCACAGCACUUAUUUAAUUAACCUAAGCCUAAGGCCUUAUUGGUGUUGGAAGUAAUGCAUGAAUGAGUUGAUCAAAACAAUACUAGUUGGUCAAAGAGUGCACACACAACAGAAGCUUGAAUUUCCAUGUAUAACUCUAAUUAAGCUGACCUGACAAGCCACUAUAAAGGCAGAGAGCAUGAUUGUGCAGUGCAUGUUUAUAAAGAACCCAAUAACAGCUGCUGCAAAAGAUGGAGAUUUCAGCACAUACAUCAUCAAAUCCAGCCUAAAGAUUUACUUGUAAAUGUUCGCAACAUCAGGACUUUUCCUGUGGACUUUAGCAAUAUAAUGCAUUCAUCCUAGAAAUAGACAAGGAUUAAUCAUUAUCUUAUAAGCGUAAAAAGCAUUUCAGCGACAUUCCUAUUUAAUUAUUAUAUGAAAGCAAUUACACAAAGUUCUUUUGCAACCAUGCAAAUAAGAAAAUGUCCGUUGUUGCUCACACUUGCAAUGGAUGAUGUGUUCGUUUGUUUAUUUAUUUGUUAUGUGAUAAAAAAAAAAAUAUAUAUAUAUAUAUAUAUAUAUAUAUAACACCUGUCUUUAGAGUAAGAUCUGUUGCACAUCACAUGACAAUUUUUUUUUUCCUGUGAUUUCACUAUGCCUAUAUUACAGAGAAAAUUCUCUGUCUUCAUAACUUUGUUUCCCCUAGAAGGAGUUCAUAAAAUUUUGCAUAGAUCAUACAUAUGCAUGUUUUAUUUUUUUUUUUUUUUUUUUUUUUUUUUUUUUUUGUAGAAAGCAUUUUAAAUGUUAAAAGAAUAUAAUGAACAUGCAUUUGUUUCCAAAGCAAAUAUUGAUUGUAACAUUUCAGCACUGAUUUAAGCAAAGCAAUACAGCACUUUUAAGGGAAGCUGGAACAAGUUUUCCAAGAUGCUUGAAUAUUAAGAAAUGUAUGCCAGCAGGUAACAUUGCAUUUUUCUGACAUCUAAUGUAUCAUUGCAGAAUAGAGAUUAAAAUGCUUUUUAUAAAGUAUUGCUAAUUUUAAAAGAUGAGAAAUGCAUGAAAAGAUUUAUGAAUUGAUAAAAUGAUCAUGCUUUGACUAGAAGCUUGAAAUCUAAUAUUUAGGCCUAAAUCUAUCCUCCAUUGUGUCAAUGGAAAAUCUAAAAUAUAUUCCCUUAUGCAUGUAUAUUUUAUGUCAUAGUAUGCACAAUAUAAAUAUUAGCAUAUUUGAAAGUCAUUGUUCAAUAGAUUCUGAGAGUUCUUUUUUGAUUUUAUACAAUUAUCCCACCGAAAAAGGUGAUAAUGCCAGUGUUAUGUAUUCAUAAUGGCAUUUAGCAUCUCAUGAAUGUAUGCUAUUCCAGGGUUGGACAUUUUAAACCCCUUUUAAAAUGUAUUUCACUACAGAUUACAGAAUACAUGCUGUAAAAUGUAAUUUGUAAUGUAUUUCGUUAGAAAAUAAUAACUCAAUGUCAGUAAUGUAUUCUAAAGACUUUGGAUUACUUCUUCAGCACUGGUAGAUUUUUUUCACUUGUUUUGACUAUAAAAACUCUGCCAGUACAGUAAGACAAAAUACACAUGUUAAAAAUACAUUCUCUGAAAAACCUAAAUAUCUUAUGCAGUGUUGUUUCUAAAACAAGAUAAAUCAAAUUGAUCUUAUUUUAAGGAUUUUUAGAUAUUUUUACAGGAAAACAAUACAAAAAUUAUUAUCAAGAAUACAAUUUCUGCCCUAAUAUCAAAGGUCUUACUAGAAAACAAGAAAUUAUGAUCUUACGUGAAUUUUCUUGAUAAAAAAUAUAUGAUCAUGUCUGGUAACGUGCAUGUAAAAUGGCUAGAAAUAGCAUUUUAGCUUAGCGUAAAGCUGACAAAUUACACAAGGUUUAUUUCUAUUUCUUCUGCUCCAAACUUACUUCAGACUUACUUCAAACGUACUUCUCUGUCUGCUCAUAUGAAUGUGACACAUCAUAAGAAAGUGUUUCACCGCUGCUCAAAUGCACUUUGGAUCGCAUCAUUUAUAUGUAUAAAUGUUUUCCAUCUGAAAGGACUAUAUAUUAAAAGAAGAAAUUGACAAUAAAAUGCAAAGUAAUCUCUACAGUAAUCAAAAUACUUUUUAAAUGUAACUGUAUUCUAAUUACCAAUGAUUUAAAUUGUAACUGUAGUGGAAUACAGUUACUUAUAUUUUGUAUUUUAAAUACGUAAUCCCUUUACAUGUUUUCCGUUACUCCCCAACCCUGGCUAUGUCUGUAUAAUAUAUAUUUUGAUUGUUUAAGCACUAUAUUUUAUUCAUGAUAUUCUGAGUGCCUUUUAUUAAAUAUAUAUUCCAUUUAAUGGCUCCAUCUUUGUGUAUUUUGACAAGAGCUUACACACACUGUAUGAUUAUGUGGUUACCCAGCACAGUAUCAGAUGUGUUUAUCGUUAAAUAAUGUCCAAAUGAAAACAAUAAUUCACCUCAAAAAGGCACAUUGUGGUUGGCACAAACUAUUUUUAUUUGUAUUUAAUGAAGUCUGUGUUGUAUUGUCCAUUGCUCUACAUAAUUACAAAAUGUUCCCAUAUCUUUUGACAGGGUAGAGGGUGUGUAGAUCAUAAGGUAUUUAUAUAGUAUUUAUAUAAGAGAAGGGGUAAAGGUUUGUCUCAAGUUACUGAGACUGGUGAGAGAGCAACAGUUAUUUGUUGGCACGACUGUUUUUCAGGGACAGAGACUAAACAGUGCAACAUCCCACAAUGAGAGCACAUUAAUCUUUUAGUGCAGUAUGUGUUUGCGUAUGUGUGCAUGCAUUAAUCUUUUAAAGCUCAUGGUCUAUCUGGACAGAAAUGGCUUUUCAAUCUGGUCUUCUUAUGAAGAUGUCCAUCCUUGUGAUCUCAAUGUCUUUUCUCAUUAAAGACCCCAUGCGUUAAAUUAAAAAAAAAAAAAAAAGUUCCUAUUUUAUGUUUUGGUGGGACAUCGAAGGGAUUAUCCUUUUAAAAAUAUAAAUAUAUAUAUAAUUUUAGAGAGAAUUUGAUUGGACAUAAAUCUGUGUAGUGCUGCAUCAGUCAUCAAUGUUUUUGGUCUGUUUCCUGGAGGAGAAAGACUUUACGUAUGUGCAUAUCAGCUAAAAGAGAAUUUUAUCAACAUUUAGGAGUACACUAGCAUAUCAAUGACCUCAAAGCAAAUACACAGACUACACGGACUAAGCCACAAAACCCUAUUCCUGAUUUCAUGGUGUCUUUUAUUUCAUCAGCCUUCUCUUACAAACUUAACCAGCUGAAAACUAAAUUCAGUUU